AUGGCUCACGGGGACUCUCUCGGCUGUCAUGGAAGACAUGAAGGUGAUAAUCAUCAUCAAGAGCCAGGUGUGUUCCAUGCGUCGAAUGAAGCGACGCCAUAUGACCCAUGCCUGUGGAAGGUGAAGGUGCUCAUGUGUCAAAGUUUUAACCGCGUAACAGCCAUGGAGACUGGUGCUCGUGAGAUACUGGCGAGAGAGCCUGAAAAAGCCAAGUUGAUUUUGUCGUACGGCAGCCAUACAGCAACUUGGUCGACAUGA